UAUAAAAUCGACGCUUCGAAAAGCCUCAAGCAAGUCGAGAGCAAUCUGCGCACAUGUUCAGAGCUACUUUAGCAGCAAGCAAGCAAGCAGCCAUGAAGAACUCCCUAAGUAUCAUCGCAGUGAUUGUAUCACUAAGCCUAGUAGCGCAACCCAAGCCACUCAACAUGAACAAGAGGGAAACAACGCAGCAGCAAGCUGAAUAUUUUAUUCCAAGCAACGAGUCCGGCUCCCGCUAUAUACUGGAUAUCUUCAACAGCCUGUCCAACAACUCUAUUUCAGAUCCUAUCACAUCUCAGGCCAACACUAUUAGAUCUCUGAAAAACGUGGCUCCAGUUUCUAGCUGUAAUCUAUUCAACUUCUCACUGUCUGGGAUCGGGGACUCUGAGUACGCCAUAGGAUCUGACCUCUAUCUCUACAUGACUCGACAACACACGUUCACGGAGAGACUAACUAUAGAGAUCCGUAAAUUCAAACAAGAAGACGAUGUAGAAGAUUUUAUAACCUCUAAAGAGAUUCUACCGCUCAAGGAACCUGGCUGGCUCAAAUUCCCUAUGCAAGCUUACUUAUCUGAGCUAAUACCAGAGGGCAAGAUGCACGCUUUAUUGCGAGUCAUCAUCAAGGGUCAGGAUCAGGCCCCGCUAGACUGCAAUGAUGGUCCUAUCAGCUUCGUCUACUCCCAGGUUGAGCUAGACCGCGCCCCCUAUCUCACACUCUACUCAUACGAUCACAGAAUAGAGAAAAUCGACUACACAGCUAUCCUCAAGAAACUGGAGAUAGAGAGAGUGGAUGAUGACAUUACUUCCCCAACACGUACCAAUGAGCGGAGGAAAAGACAGAACGAACCGGCCUGUCAACUGAACGAUCUUAAAAUCCCCGCUGACAAAAUCCCAAUGUCUGCAAUUUUGGAAGGUGCUACUAUUCUUAUGCCCUCGGAAGUCAACCUGGGUAUAUGCGGUGGAGUGUGCACAAAUACACUACCAAAAGAAGAUGAAUUAAAGCACUCACUGUUAGCCCACUACCUUCUCUCCACCAACGGGUUUUCAUACCCUGAUGGCAGGGUGUCCCAGUGCUGUGCUCCAGUGUCGUAUGCAUCACAGACGUUUCUCAUAAGGACACCAGACGACAGAAUUGAUCUUAUCAAUCUGCUUCACAUGCGAAUCGCCAAAUGUGUCUGUUUAAAUAUUGUACAUUUAAACGGCGGUGCAGGAAGAUAAAACUUUGCAAGUUUGGCUCCUUCCUACUAAAUCAUUUUUUUAUUCCUGCUAGCAUCAAUUAAUUACUGGGUACAUUGAUUCGUGAAUGUCCAACUACAUGUACAAAACUACUCACUUUCACUUUGUACAGCUCCUUAAAUUGUUGUAACUAACUUAUUCCUUCCAGCCACCAUUAUUUUGUACUACCUUGUAUAUGUGUCCACCUGCACUCGUACCAUCAUGUACAGCAAACAACCUCGUUUCUCUCACUAUAAUUAUUAUGUGUACUGACAGGUUUUUUUGGUUGUUUAAAAUUUUGUGCAAAAUGUAUCUUAUUUUGACAAAAAACUACUUAUUCUGAAUUGUGAAA